AUGGCAGCUGCCCCGCUAGAUAGCUCUAGCACCCCGCCUGACGCUACUCUAUCCACCGAUUCGACGCGUCCACACGGCGAUUCCAUGGAAGAUCUCGAUCCCCAGUCCACCCGGAAACGUCCGCGUCUCGACAGUGGAAGCGGUGUUGUUGAGUCGUUGUCGAUAGACGAAGCUGCGAUUUCUCGAAUGUCCAAGCCGACACCGGCUGCUCCUGCCACGCCCGGAACGACUGAUCACGACGUCCCUGCGUCGACUGCCCCCGCCAGCAGAGUGACCAUCAAUGUGAAAUCUCCCACCUCCGAUACCAUGGCGACUGAUUCCUUAGACACUACCGCCGAGCAUCCUGGCGCCGGUCCGCCUAGUGCUGCUCUAGCCGCUGAUUCUCCCAAAGUCGUCUCGAUAUCGUCGACGCCUGCACAGAGUCCGGAGAUUGAGGUGGCCGACUUGGAAGACAUGGAUCAGGACCCCAACACUUCGACGUGGAGAACGCUCGGUGAAGCUUUGCAGGAUCCUGUCACACCAGAGGUAGUGCAGCUCCAAGGUCAGCCGCCUUUGAGUGAAACAUUUCCGAAGCUUCGAGAGGCCGAUGACCUACGAGAAAACUUGGAGGGGAUCGGCUCAAUCAUCGAGAAAGGAAGUCAACAUGAUGUCGGCGUUUUCUUAGCCGUGAAGCACUGGUUCGAUGAGAUUGCGCCGAGCUUGGAUCAAAUUACUGAUGAAACUUACGUGGAUGACCGAAUCUUCUGGGAAGAUCUACCCUUGCUAGUGGAGUCAUUGCUUCGCAGAGGGCAGCCUCUGGAGCCUGACGAUGGUCAAGGAAUUUGGUUUUGCUUGGAGGAAUUCCUGAUCAACUUUGCAUUGCUUGGCUUUCGUCUGGUGCGCUUGGAUAUCCUAACCUUGACGCAACUGGCCGAGAACAUAGAUAUGCAGGCCGUGGAUCUUAUGUCAAGGGCAUACUUGCAAGCGUUGGGCUGGAUAUUACAAUUACACGGCAUUCCCUUCUAUCGCGCCAUGGAACGCGCCCACGGUUCCGAGAUCGUUGAUCUUGUUGUUCAGCUUAACAUUCGAAUUGCGUUCCUUCCAAUCGGUACGAUCCACCUGCUAUCGAAGUAUGCUGCUUGCCUCCUGGAUCUUGUUUCUAGACCUCAAUGGUCGCAGCUCUCUUCUUCCUUAGUGCACACCCUCACUAUCGUGCACAACAUGAUGGACUCCGGGGUCGAGCAAUGGAAGAUCCGCGAGGAGGAAAAUAGCGCUGAAUCUGCGUCGUUCCCUCUUUUUCUGAAACAGGUCUAUCAGUUCGCUCGGGACAUUGAUGGGAAGUAUCAGGUUCACAUCGCUAAGAAGUCACCCUGGGUCACAAGCGACGCAAGUGAAUCGAUCCUUCGGUGCAUCUCGGGUAUCUAUCUUGCCGUCAGCCGCGAUUCGAGUUUCACAUCGCAAGUCGCCAAUGACCUCUUGAUCGAGCUCCCUGAGCAUAUCUCCCAAGAUGAGCGUGCCUGGAUAAUUUAUUAUGCUUGGAGGGUUGCCGUACUGCAGAAGCAUAUCAAGGAUGGCCGCAUGGAGUUGAGGGUUCAUGGCAUAGAGACCAUGCAAGCGGAUCUCGUCAACGUAUGGCGGCAAUAUAUCCAAAACAAUCCCACAGGCACCGAGCACCCGCUUGUCCGAUUCCUCGUCGGCUUCCUGAGGGAAAAUAAAAUCGUCGAUUACAUUGUCGGCGUCGAUUCGCACCCUCAGCUCAUUAGUCGGAGUGGAAAUAUUGUCGGCUUCCUGAUAGUUACCUCUACUUACGGCGACAUAGAUACGGAUACAAUCUGGAAGACGGUGACAGAGUCACAAGACCCCCGGACAGUAUCCGAAGUACUUGGGAUGCUUACCAGGACAUUCCACAUGCAUUCAGCCUUGUCCUCAGCAUUAAUCUAUCUGUGCGCCAAGCUCCUCGAGCUACCCCUGUCUCGGUUUGACGCACGGAUGGUGGAGUUCUGUGAACAACUUCUCUAUCAGGUCCGUGAAAAACAGGGCGAGAGGAGUCGACACGACGUGCUGGACGCAUCACAUAUGGAUGCUGUUCCUCUGCGUUUGUGCGUGCGCCUCAUUCGCGAGAGUGCUGCAUUCGAUGAGUUCUCGGUAGAGCACAAGGCUUUCUUGCAGAGAUUUGCGAGCUCGCAGCUGAGCUCGUUUAUAAGUGUCGGGCUGAGUGAAAGUGACAAGAUGGAGACGUACGAACGCUGCAUUCAGGAUAUUGCUGAAAUGAACCAGUUUACUGUCGGCAGCAUUCAGGCCUUGAACGCUCUCCUUCCAGGGUACGAUACGCAGGAGAUACGCAAGCUUGCCACAGAUUUUGAUCUUCCGGCCCUGGUCAUUGCCGAAAUGGUUCACACAGUGGACAUGAAGCAGACGGACUUUGGCGACUCCUUUUCGAAGACCGGAUUCAUAUCCAGGAUUCAACUGCUUGCCCGCAUUAUUGACAAAGUCCCUGAUUCUAUCACAGCGGACCUGGCUGAUGUCCUUUGGGAAAAGGUGCUCGUGUCCAAAACACUGGUGGAACAAGGCCGCCGAGCUGUGUGGGACAUGUUGUGCGAGCACAUGAGACGCAGCCCAAAACGCAAUCCGUUCAUUGAACGGUGUACCCAAGAAUACCUUCCAAAAUUGUCUCCUAAUGACUACUCUCCCGAAUUGCUCGCAUUCGCGAAGCAAGCGGUCAAUUACGAGGUCCGAUUCAAUCCGCCACCGAUCGCUAAAGAGAAUGAGGUCGUCUCAAUUCCCGGGCUGGACCGUAUCUGGAAUUUCAUUCUCACGGCUCCACCGGGCUCAAUCGAAACAGACGCCACAAAUUUUGCGAUCGAGGUCUACCUUGAUCACUCUGUGAUCAACCGCUCUCCGCGAUCGGCCGUUGAGGCAACUCAUAUUGCUUUGGUGGAUCGUUGUGUUGAACAGCUCAAGUCUGCCGCGGCUCAUUUGAAGCCAUCCAUUGGUGACACCGCCAAUGGGACUGACGAGUCAAUGGCAAGCGACCUCAGCGGAAGUGAAAGCCGAGCCGACGCAAUACGUUUCAGUCGUUCACUGCUCUUUCUUCGCCAGUUUCUCCAGGGGCUACGGACUAGGCCUCAAUAUAGCCCGCCGCAGAAUUCACCCCCGAACUUGCCUGAUCAUCCGGUAAAGGGCGAGCUGAUUGAAAUUCGGUAUCAAACAUUCAACGGAAGUGCUCAAAGUAAAUUUCGAUCGUUACGAAUUGGAGACCUGGCUACCGCAGCUGAGCUAGUUGAGAAACUCGAGCAGCUCACGGGAUUCUCGAAAUUUAGUACCAUUACAGGGGGCCGACGUCUGGAUCUUCUGGAGAAACCUGAUCUCACAAUACGUGAGAUGAAGAUCGGGUCUGGGCUGCUCCUAAUCCGGAAGAAUGCUGACAGCCGCGAGGUGGCCUCGACUGGUAGACGCCCGUCACUUACCCCGGUAGAUUCCGAGGUACUCAAACAUUUUGAUGACCUUUACGACCUUCUCAAUCUUCAGGACCACCUGGCUCGAGAGAUCUAUGACUUUCUCGUUGUCUUUCCGCCUCAAGAAAGGGUGAUUGAAUUAGUCAAAUCUUUGGAAAAAACUGAGGAAGACAUCUUCCCAGCGGACAAACCGUAUAGCCUGCUUUAUUCUGCAAAUACCCUUUCGAGUUGCUUGAGAGAAGAAGCAUUAGAGUCGGCUCCGGAUCAGGCAUUUGUUUCUCACAGCAUCCGUGUCGUCGUUUCUGCCCUGACACGUCCAGAGGCGCCUGAAUCAUUGCCAGAGUCUCCGACGAAAGUUCAGAUUGCCGCCAGCCUUGUUGAAUGCCUUCUUCACGCUCUCAUGGUGAAACCACCUGUAGCCGCCGACUCUCUGACAAUCACCAAUUCAGCCCAGCUGGUGCAACGAUUGGAGCAAUUAAUUGAGGUCGGACGGGGAAUGCCCUCGACUUGCCUGUUCGGAACCCAACUUCAGAGAUUGGUUUGUAACUGCUUUGCCGUGCUCACUGAGGGUUCCUUGCGCGAUCACAAAUUCUGGGAAGUCAUCAAGCAACAGUCACAGUUAGACUGCCUCCUUGUAUCCCUCCUUUUGGAUGAGAGUCGACAACCUAUUCGCAGAGAGAUAAUCGAACGUAUCGCCGUCGCCUGCAGCCCGUCCAAGCUGGUCAGGAAAGCAACAAAAGCGGUCGAUGGCGAAAUGCAAGAUGCAUCGGACACAAUGGCCUCCGAGAACCCGGUCAGAGUUGAUAUGUUGGCAACUAUCUGGGAUGCUUUUGUGAAGAUCAUGCCGCAGACUCUGGAGCAUGCUGAACAGUCCCAGGAAUUUUUCGACAUCGCUCACCUCGUGUUCCAAUCAGUCGCGGAGCAAUCACCUAAGGACCUCAUAUAUGGCAAGUAUCUGAGGCAGUGGAGCAGCGUCAUGCUAGGUCACAAGACACAAGAGUUCGUUGGACGUGAGCCCGUGGAUCACCUUAUUCUGGGAUUCUGUCGUCUUUUGAGAUCGUGCCUGGAUUUAGCUGAUUCGAGCAAUACUGGGGUAGACUCCUUCGACCUUGCUGAGAAGCUCAUUGAGAAUUACCUUUUCCCCAACCUAUCCGAGGAAUCGGACAACCUUAUCGUUCCGCAGAUCCCGGUCAUGCACACUCAGACCCGCCAAGAGCUCUAUGGCAUCCUCAGUCUAUUGUGCAAAUAUUCUGAGGAUUAUUGCACGGUAGUUGAUUGUGUCAAAGAGCUGAUCCCUGGAGAUUAUACAUACUCCUCCAGCUGGUGUUUUGAUCGGCACAAGAUGAUUCGUGCUCCCGAAGGCUAUGCGGGACUCAAGAAUCUUUCCAACACCUGCUAUUUGAACUCUCUUCUAACCCAAUUGUUUAUGAACAUUCAGUUCCGCGAUUUCAUGCUGCAGCUCCACCUUUCAGACGCGGAUGCUUCCCAGAGGUUACUUGCUGAAACGAAGAAGCUCUUUGCUUACAUGCAAGAAACGUGGCUCAGGAGUGUUGAUCCUCAAGGACUGGUAGAUAACAUUCGAACUUACGACAACGAACCAAUCGAUGUAACGAUUCAAAUGGACGUCGACGAAUUCUAUAACCUGCUGUUUGACAGAUGGGAGGCCCAGAUCACGGGCUCCGAGGACAAAAAGAAGUUUCGGUCUUUCUACGGCGGCCAGCUGGUCCAGCAAAUCAAGUCCAAGGAGUGUCCUCACAUCUCCGAGCGUCUGGAGCCUUUCUCCGCCAUCCAAUGCGAGAUUAAGGGCAAAGCCAGUCUCGAGGAGAGUCUACAAGCCUAUGUCGAAGGAGAGAUAAUGCAAGGAGAUAACAAAUACUCUUGCACAUCCUGUGGGCGGCAUGUCGACGCCGUUAAGAGGGCCUGCUUGAAGGAAGUUCCGGACAACCUAAUUUUCCACCUUAAGCGCUUCGACUUUGACAUGAUCACAAUGAUGCGGAGCAAAAUCAAUGAUGAAUUCCGCUUUCCUGAGCACAUUGAUAUGAGCCCAUUUAAAGUCGAAUAUCUUUCUGACCAGAACUCGGAUGUCCAAGAGGACGUCUUCAAGCUCGUCGGGGUCCUGGUUCACAGCGGAACGGCCGAGUCAGGGCACUACUACUCAUAUAUUCGGGAGAGACCUAAUGCAGGAGGUAGAGGCUCUUGGGUGGAAUUCAAUGAUUCAGACGUAAGCAGGUUCGACCCAUCCAAGAUUGCAGAUCAGUGUUUUGGUGGUUACAACGACUUGGUCCACUCGGCCUCCGUGAACCAAGUGCGAUUCAACAAGGUCUGGAACGCUUACAUGCUCUUCUACCAACGCAUUUCGAGUAUGGAGUCGGAAAAGUUGCUGUACAAGCCUUCCAAGGCCGACCAUCCAGUGCAUGUGUCGUUACCGGUUCCGCUAGCAAACCACAUUGCGAUGGAGAACGAGGUCUUUAUACGAACAUACUGUCUUAUGGAUCCAUAUCAUGCCUUGUUUGUCCGACAUCUCCUCUCCCGACUUCAUGAUAGGGAGAUCACGAACAAGAGACCUAAACUGGAUCAGGAUGUGGUCUUCAUCGCAUUAGAUACCUUAGAACAACUGAUCGCGAGAACCAGGGAGCCUCUGGGUCUCGAUGUUCUCGUCUCGGAGCUCAUGGGAGUGAUCAAUGAGUUGCCAAAGGGAGCUCACAGAGUGCUCGAGUGGGUGGUAGAUCGAUCAGCAGGUAUUCGCAAUCUGGUACUGAGAAGUCCUCAUGCGUCAGUCCGAGACAGUACAAUCAAGAUCAUUAUGCGCGCGCUCGAAAAGCUUCAAGAGCUCCGUGAGGCACACCUUGACGACCGUGCGAAGGAGAAAUGGCACAUGCGAUACCUUGAUGGAUUCGAGAAUGUGGUUGCCACUCUAGAUGGGCUGUGGCCCGUUCUCCAUACUACCAGCCGUUCAUGGGACGAUUACUUCACAUUUCUUCUGUCUCUUGCCAACCUGGGAAGCUAUGAGACAGAGACGAUCUUGAAUAGCGGGUUUCUACUCAAAUGCCUGGAAAUUGUGUGGCUCGAUCGAGAAGACUCAAAAAGGUUGAAGCGUCAAUAUCUGUCUUACUUCAGACUUCUCGAGAAGGGCAGGAAAUUCUCGCACAGGAGACUCAUGGAUCUUUUGGCAUUUCUGUUGACAAAGGUUGAUCUCACUGUGGCCCCAACCUCGGAUGACGAGCGACGCUCUUUACCGAGUGGCAAGUUUUCACUUACGGUCACAGAAAAUGUGUUCGUUCGUUCUCUCGGGAGGGAUCGCGAGCUAUCACUGCUGAAGAAAAUUCUUCAACCAAAUCAUAAUCCUCACGCUUCUAUGGCUAUUGUCGGUCUUUUGCUGGACUCGGAACCUGAAGCCGCUCUAACGGAUCCGCUAUGCAAGGUCCUGGAAGACGGGCUCAGGGUUGAACCCGCUGAGCUGUGUGCACCGUUUCUGGAGGCGACUUUGGUUCUUUGUCAAAGGAGUCCUGAUGAGAACAAAAUCAUUACGCUCAUUGACUUUGUUGCCAAGGGCAUUGAGUCAAUCAACGAUAGUGGCGGUAGAGAGCAUCUCGCAUUCUUUACAAGCUUGCUGACAAGUCGAAAUGAACGUCUUGGCCUAGAGAAGAAUUGGUUUCUAGCGCAGAUUGUGGACAAAAUACCUGACUGGGCUCCGACUCUACUCGUCUUUCCUGACAAGACGGUCAGAAACACCACUUUGGCGCUUCUACACCAGAUACUCUUCAGCGCAGAAGCAGAAGACAUGGGCCCUGAUUGGCAGUCACGACAUGCCGAGAUCGCAAAGGAGCUCGUGCGCAACAGUGUCGAGAAGCUAAGAAAGACAUUUUUGACUGGGCCUGCCAACAAUGUGGAAGCGAGGGUGAUCGAGUGCGUCAAGGCCGUCAUAGAUCAUUGUUUGGUUACGUAUUUUGAUGACAGCGAAGAGGACCAAGAGAUUGUCCGUCAGGCGCAAGCCGUUAGCGCAGCCAUUGAUGAGCUAUCUGUGAAUAUGCCAGAAGAAUUGGCUUCCGUUUCUGAUUUACGAUCUCCAGAUGAAUGGGAAGAGAAUUCUAUGCUGCCGAGCGAUUCGGAGAUGGGAAUGGCAGGUUCACCGUGA